UUUAACCAUCCUCCCCACCUAAAGUGAGAACCAAAGAAUAAAGGACACUUCCUGUGAAUUCAGACUGAAUCAUUCAUGUCGUGCAUAAAAGAUAUCAAGGUGGAUUCCCUUUUGCUCACCCAAAACCGACUUUAAUAGAUGAUGGAACAGCAACCCAAACUAAGAUUCUGUUCUCCAUAUGGUAGCUGGACUGAGAGAAGAAUGGAGGAGGCAAUUAGGAUCCCUUGGAGGGAAUUUGCUUUUCAGGAGCAAUGCACCUAUAUUGCGAAGGACCAGUUUUAUGGGCCACACUCCAUCCAUCCCCCAGCUCAAGUUUCUUUACCUGUCAAUCUGGACUUCAAGCAUGACAGCAACAACAAGAUAAAAGCUGUGAUCAGCAAAGAGUACAUUCCUGAAUGUACAUACUUUGGUCCACUGAUUGGGAAAAUCUACACCAGAGAAAAUAUUCCCAACCAUGUGGACCAGAAACACUUUUGGAGGGUUUUUUCUGCAGAAGGAAAACUUCACCACUUUGUUGAUGUGAGUGACUCUUUUUUCAGUAACUGGAUGUGCUAUGUGAAUCCAGCUCCCACCUAUCGUGCUCCAAACCUGAUGGCCUUCCAACACAACCUGAAGAUCUUUUUCUAUACUGUAACUCCCAUCUUAGCAGGAAUGGAACUUUUGGUUUGUCCUACCCAUGAGGAAUCCAGGCACUUACUGUAUUUGUAUCCAAGGGAACUUACAUCUGAGCCAGAAUGUCUAAACUUGAAAAAUCUUCCAACAGAACCUUCAUUUGAGGUGGCUUCUUAUUCACUGCAGAUUAACUCCAAAGAUAACAAAAACUGUACAGUUAUCGCAAUAAAAGACAAAAGGGAAGAUGAAGAAGAAAAUGUUGAACAGGAUGUGCUAUCAAGGAAGAUAACAGGCCACAAAAACACAAAACCUAUGACAGAUGUCUUUCACAGAGUUGAAAAACAGCCUAUGAAGCUUAAGAAUUCCUGCACAGAAUCCAAGUUUAAAUUUGCAGAAGUGAUGCUUGGUCUCCCAGGAGAGAGAAAUAUGGGACGAGAAAAUCAAUAUCACCAUGGAUUUAGUCCAUGCAACUCAAUGACUUCACCACAGAUGGAACAUAAUAUUUGCAACAAGUAUUCAUCCUGUUCAGAAUAUCACUAUAUGGGCAAAAUGCCCAAUGCCUAUUGUCGUAUCUCCAGCACCACGACUGCCCAUUAUCCCAAAUCUAUGAUGGUUUCUCAUGAUCUCAGCUUCCCACCAGGUCUAUCACUAACGAAUUCAACGAAAAUUAAAUCUCAAAGUUUGUCUUCCCAGGAUAUCAUGAAGAAAUCUCUAUAUCAUAAUGUCUAUCUUCCCAUCUUGACUCAAGUACAAUACAAUGCUAAAUCUCCAAAUCUGUUCUCUUUUUAUGCUGGAACAUUUUCACUUCUAGGCUGUAAUUAUGAGAAUCCAACCCUUUUUCAUGACUUCAAAGGUCAACAGUUGAAAGCUGCUUCUCCAAUUUUGUAUCAGCAUGAGCCUGUGAAUCUCAGUACUCCCAAAAACUAUUCCUCAAUGUCCAAGGAAGGCAACAAGUCCAAGUCAUACCUGUUGAACAGGAAGAAUGGCAAAAUUAGAUAUGAGUGCAAUGUCUGUGCUAAAAACUUUGGACAGCUUUCCAAUCUGAAGGUUCAUCUGAGAGUACAUAGUGGUGAGAAACCUUUUCAGUGUCAGAUCUGUAAAAAACGUUUCACCCAGUUGGCUCACCUGCAGAAACAUCAUCUGGUGCAUUCAGGCAAGAAAUCACAUGAAUGCCUGGUCUGCUACAAACUUUUCAAGAGUAUCAGCAAACUCAAAACCCAUCUCCAGCAGCACUUGGGGGAGAAGCCCUAUGGGUAUUGGCUUUGUCCUUUCACCAAGCUUCUUGAUGAACACCCAAAUCUGCAUCAAUGCCCUGCCUGUAUCUGAGGCUACAUCCAUCCGUUGAGUUAGGAAAUCUACUUCCAGUACUUGCCCAAAGGCUCCAUCAACUGGCUGCUCUCCUUAACUGACUUCGAUUUCAACGUUGAUCAACUGGAAGAAGGAAACUGUGUUUGGUUAGAACUUCUCAGGUUGUAGAAACUAUCUUUCUGGAGGAAACAGUACACUUUUACCAAGAUGACUCUCUCUGCUUGCUUAGCUUCCAUAGAAAAUUGGCACUCCUGUCGAUAAAUAGUUGCACUUUUGUAAGAGAAAACCCUUACCAAUGCAUUCAAACAUUGGUAGAGCUGUUGCUGUUUAAUCUUCAGUAACUUGACACUUGAGGUUAGAGGGAGAUGCCUGCUUAUGUCUUACCAUUUUCUGAGAUAGGCAGGUGGUUAUAAAAGAAUGGGACUUCUUUCUAUGUCAACUUCUCUGUGUCACUAGCAUUGUUUCUUUCUAGUGGUGGAUUAAAGCAUGUUUAAUUUGCUCAGAAUUGGCAAAUGUUUGGUGAAGUUUUAAGCUUGCAUUUUUAACAUGAAUGAUCAACUCUUCUAUAUCCUGCUUUAAAUUCGUUCAGUUUCAUAUGGCAUUAUUUGCACAGAAAUGUUAGUUGUCUCAAAAGUGAACAGACACCCAGCUUCAAACAAACAGAAAUUCCAUUACAUUAUGAGGAAUGGGAGAAAAAAGGACCAGCAUUAAAGU